GCUUCUGUCCAUGGUGCUGAAGGUCCGGCCGGCUCUGUCCUGGGUGCUGAACACCUCGGGGGUGCUCGGCUCGGUCUGAGGCAACUUUCACACUGAUCUAGCGUGCUUUACUGUAUUCCGCCGUGUUUUUAGUGUUAUUGCCGUCGGUCGCAGCGCAUCGCAGUGUUUUGCCGUGAACGUGUAUCUGUCAGGCCGGUGAUGUCGGAGCGGAGGGGGAGGGGAGGGCAGUAGUCUGAACGGAAGAAAAUGAGUUCAGAGGUCAACUGCUGAGCCAGAGGUGGACCAGGGGGGAGCCAAUCAACAACUGGGAGAAGAGGAGCCUAAGAAUCAAAAUGAGCCAAGACACAGCAGAAACACGAACACGAACCCGCUCCAAAGGCAUCAGAGUGCCUUUAGAGCUUGUGGGGCAAGAGAUAAGGCAAGAGUUAAGUAACAGCUGCCCCACUCCUGGAUGUAAUGGUAAAGGCCACGUCAGUGGAAGAUACUCACGACACAGAAGUAUACUGGGGUGCCCAAUUGUGAAGAAAAGGAAGCUGGAGGAGGCAGAGGCUGAGGAGAACCAGUCUGCUCCUAAGAAGAGAAACCAACCACUCAAAGUGGCGACAGACGAAAGCUUCAACGCAGACAGCGAUGCAGGCAGUGAGGCUGAGCAAAAGGAGGAGGAGGAGGAGGGAGAGGAGGAAGAAGAGCUGAAAGAAAAGAAAAAGAACAAUGUGAAAACUAGGCAAGAGUCGGUGAAAGACAGUUCACCUGUGGCAUCAGAAGACCCAGAAACACCAGCCUGUCCUCCGGCUGAAGACAACAAGACGGAAAGUAUCACCCCAGAGACUGAGACUGAAGCAGAAAUUGAGAAAACCAGUGAGGAGGUAGAGCUGGUUACAGAGCCAGAGCCCACUGAUAUCUGUCAGCAGGAGGAGAAACAAAAGGAGGAAGAGGAGGAGGAAGAGGAGGAGGGUCAGUUAGUGGCAGAGGAUGGUCCAUCAGAACAGCCUGAAGGAGAAACAGAGAGAACUGAGGUUACAAAGGCAAAAGAGGAAGAAGGAGAGGAGGAAGAAGAGGAGGAGGUGGAAGAGGUAGAGGAGAAAGAGAAAGUUGUAGAAGAGAGGGAGGUGGAGAGACAGCUGGUUAGCCAGGAGAACUCUGACCACCAGUACUCCAGUGGGGAUUACAACCAUCAGGCCAAAGAAUCAGUGGAGGAGCACGGCAAAGAGGAUGAACAAGAGGAGGAGGAGGAGGAGGAAGAGGAGGAGGAGGAAGAGGAGGAGAAAGAGGUCCGCCAAGAGGCGGACACUCCUCAAACUUUGAGUCCACGCACUCAGGGAUCCGAAGCAGAGGUGUCACUCAGGGAAGAAAAGGUCAACACCCCCAUGACUGAGGAAGAAGAGGAAGAGGAGGAGGAAGAGGAAGAGGAGGAGGACAGGGAGGAAGAGGAGGAAGAGAGGCGGGAAAAAGAAGCAGGUGAGGUGGUGGAGGAGGAAGAGGAGGACCGGGACUCAAACAAAGCGUCACCAACAACUGUGAUUAUAGAAGUGCGCUCCGAGGAGGACGAUGAUGAGGAGGAGGAGGAAGAAGAGGAAGAGGAAGAGGAGGAGGAAGAAGAGGAGGAGGAAGAGGAGGAGGAGGAAGGACAGGAGCAAGAUUGUGCUUCGGAGGGCUCGGGAGUGACGGACGACUCUGAGAACUGGGACAUGACCCGGGGGAACCUGGGGCUGCUGGAGCAGGCCAUCGCCCUCAAGGCAGAGGAGGUGAAGGGAGGUCAGGAGGCCAGGAGCUCGCCGGACUACCAGCCCUAUCACAGCGAUCGCUCCUCCACCAAGACCACUGAGCCCGCCGCCCUGGCACGACGCACCGCCAGCUACAGCAAAGAGAAAAAAGAAGUGAAGUGUCCGACCCCAGGCUGUGACGGGACGGGUCAUGUGACGGGACUGUAUCCUCACCACCGCAGUCUGUCUGGAUGCCCCCACAAAGACCGAAUCCCUCCUGAGAUCUUGGCCAUGCAUGAGAACGUGCUGAAGUGUCCGACUCCAGGCUGCACAGGCCAAGGCCACGUCAACAGCAAUCGCAACACACACCGCAGUCUGUCAGGCUGCCCCAUCGCAGCAGCAGCCAAGCUGAACAAAAACCAGGACAAGCAGAGUCAUUCCCAGGCGUCAGCCAGCGAACCCUCCGCCAACUCCGACAGAGUGCUCAGGCCCAUGUGUUUUGUGAAGCAGCUGGAGAUCCCUCAGUAUGGCAGCUACAGGCCCAACAUGGUGCCUGCCACGCCCCGCGCCAACCUGGCCAAGGAGCUGGAGAAAUACUCAAAGGUGUCCUUUGACUAUGCAAGCUUUGAUGUCCAGGUGUUUGGCAAGCGCAUGCUCAUCCCAAAGACAUCCAGCAACACUGAAACUUCACCCAAAGCCUUCAAAUCCAAAUCAUUCCCUAAGGCCUCCUCACCCAGCCACAGUCUAUCGGGAGGCUUUUCUAAGAGUGGUUCAUCCUCCAGUAGUUAUGACUACAGUCAGGAUGCCGAGGCGGCCCACAUGGCGGCUACAGCCAUCCUCAACCUGUCCACCCGCUGCUGGGAGCGGCCGGAGAGCCUCACCACCAAGCCCAGGGAGCCCUGCACCAAGGAGUCAGACAUCGAAGUGGACGAGAACGGCACCUUGGACCUCAGCAUGAAGAAGACAAAGAAGGAGGACAUGCAGUCUUCAGAGCCUUCGUCCUCAUCCUCCUCCUCUCAACACACCGGAGCCACAUCUUCCCAGGGCCACGCCCCAUCAGAGUGGGAGGGGCCUCUGGACUUCACCAAACCAAGCGGGGCCAAGGAGGAAGAGCAAGAUGAGAUGGAGUAUGCGGCGCCUUCAUACACCUCAUCAGACGCUGAAGAAGAGGAGCAGGAGAACCUCGAGGACAGGAAGUACCCUGGUGAGGUCACCACCAGCAGCUUCAAGGUCAAGUUCCAGCCCAAAGACACAAAGAAGGAGGUUCUCAUAUGCCCCACCCCCGGCUGUGAUGGCAGUGGACACAUUACUGGGAACUACGCUUCACAUCGAAGUCUGUCAGGCUGUCCUCUCGCUGAUAAAUCACUCCGGACGCUCAUGGCUGCCCACACUGCUGAACUAAAGUGUCCGACUCCUGGCUGCGAUGGAUCAGGACACAUCACUGGAAACUACGCCUCACACAGAAGUCUCUCUGGAUGCCCUCGUGCCAAGAAGGGAGGGGUCAAAUCAACACCCACCAAGGAUGACAAAGAGGAUUCAGAACUGCUGAGGUGUCCCGUUCCUGGCUGUGAUAGCCUGGGCCACAUCAGCGGGAAGUACGCUACCCACCGCAGUGCCUACGGCUGUCCGUUGGCAGCCCGCCGGCAGAAGGAAGGUCUUCUCAAUGGUACUCCGUUUUCCUGGAAGGCCUUCAAGACAGAAGGCCCGACCUGCCCAACGCCAGGCUGUGAUGGUUCCGGCCACGCCAACGGCAGCUUCCUGACACAUCGCAGUCUCUCAGGUUGUCCCAGAGCCUCGGCCAACAAGAAGAGAGCCAAGCUCCCUGGAGAUGAGUACAUCACCGCCAAGUUCAGGGCCAGUGAUGUUCUGGACAACGAUGAAGACAUCAAGCAACUCAACAAGGAGAUCAGUGAGCUGAAUGAGUCCAACUCAGAGAUGGAGGCUGAUAUGAUGAACCUGCACACCCAGAUCUCUUCCAUGGAGAAGAACCUGAAGAGCAUGGAGGAGGAAAAUAAACAGAUCGAGGAGAAGAAUGAGGCCUUGUUCGUGGAGCUGUCCGGCCUGAGCCAGGCUCUGAUCCGCAGUCUGGCCAACAUCCGCCUGCCCACCAUGCAGGAGCCGCUGUCCGAGCAGAACUUCGACACCUACGUGGAAACCCUCACCCACAUGUUCACCAAUAAAGACUGCUACCAGAACCCCGAGAACCGGGCCCUGCUCGAGUCAAUCAACCAGGCGGUGAAGGGCAUCGAGGUGUGAGGCCACACCCCUCCAAACGGCACGGAGGAGCAGGAGAGGAGGCGGGGCAUCGAGGCGGGUGCGGAGGGCCACCAAUUUUCAUCCCUUUCUUUCCAAGCCCUUUAGAUAUGUGAUUAAUUAUUAUCAUUUCGGAGCAAGUUUGUCAUCUGUUCUUUGCAUUUGUUUCCUGUUUGCAUGUUGCUUUAUGAAGGUAUGGACGUGAACAGACUAGAGUAUGGAUGUAAACUGUGCGUGUUAGCACACUGGAAUAAAACUGUGUUGGUGUAAGCGAGGGUAUCUUAAGGUAUACAGAGCAAGGCGCCACUUAUUACAAUGGUACAGAACAAGUUAGAAUGCAGUAUACUGAGUCGUAUAGCCCAAGCUGACCAGAUUCUCUUAGUUAGUGAACAUAUCCCAUCUCCACUGAGUAAUGUUGAUAGUAUCUAUGAGCAUAGUGAUGUUGCACUUCCAGGACUAGUUUGUAGAUUCAUUCUUACUAUUGCUGUGUAACUAUUUAAGUCCUUUGAAAAUGUUGGUUUAAAAAUAGCUUAUUUAUUCAUGUCUGCUCUAUUAUUUUUUAUUUUGGCGUAUUUAUUAUUCAUUAUCUAUUUAUUGACUUUUUUAUUUAAACAAAAUGCUACUUGAGAUGUUUUUAAACAGCGACCAAGAGAAGGGAAUCAUUUCCUCUGCAUUGUUGAACAAGGAGGAAAUAUUUUAAGAUAUCAACUAUGAAUUGUUUUAUAUAUCUUAUUAUUUAUUUGAAAUACUGGGAUCUUUUUAAGUGCAAAUAUUUUGUAACUGAAAGUUUUUUAAUAAUUUUCUAAAGAUUUUUUGUUUUUGCUUCUGUUUAUAUGAUUUUCCUUUUUAUUUCCACAAACUAUUUUGAGACACCUGCAAUGAACUGGGAAUAAUGUGCUGUACAUAUUUAGUAUUUAUUUGGUGAUAAAGAACAAAGUGAUGGUGUAUAUUUAUUUUGUAUUGUCUAUGUGUUAAUGAUGGCUGUGUAUGGAUUAGUCUUUAAGUUGCUCUUGAAAUAAAGGAUAACCCACGGUGAACUUGUACUGUA